AUGCGUGUCACGGGUCUUCCGCUACGAUACGUCUCCUGCGUGGGAGGUGGCAUCGCUAACAAACUUGGUAUCCGCGCUGUAGCAACAGCCGCGAAGUUAGAUGAUCGAUCAAUCUACACGCUGGACCCUAUUGACCCUAAUGAGAAGAAAUUUAGCAAAAUCUUGAUCGCAAACCGAGGUGAGAUUGCCUGCCGUGUCAUUAAAACAUGCCGCGCCAUGGGAAUCAAAACUGUAGCUGUGCACUCCGAUGUUGAUAGCGCUUCUCUUCAUGUAAAAUUGGCUGAUGAAGCUGUUUGCGUUGGACCGGCGCCCACUAGUGAAUCCUAUUUGCGUGCUGAUAGGAUCCUUCAGGCAGUAAAGGAAACUGGAGCAGAGGCUGUUCACCCUGGAUAUGGUUUCCUCUCUGAAAAUACAGAUUUUGCUGCGAAAUUGGAAGCUGCUGGAGCUGUAUUUAUUGGACCUAACUCCAAAGCAAUUCUGGCCAUGGGUGACAAAAUUCACUCAAAACGUGUUGCCACUGAGGCUAAAGUUAACAUGAUUCCCGGUUACGAUGGUGAAAUCAAUGAUGAUGACGAGGCAGUGAAAGUGGCAAACCAAAUUGGUUACCCUGUAAUGAUUAAAGCUUCCGCCGGUGGUGGUGGCAAAGGACUGCGUAUUGCUUGGAACGACAAACAAACUCGUGAUGGCUACAGGCUUUCGAAACAGGAGGCUAAGUCUUCAUUUGGUGAUGAUCGUAUGCUCGUUGAGAAGUAUAUUGACAACCCACGCCAUAUCGAAAUGCAGGUCUUAUGCGAUAAGCACGGUAAUGCUAUUUGGUUGAACGAGCGUGAGUGUUCUAUUCAAAGAAGAAACCAAAAAGUUAUUGAAGAAGCGCCUUCUUCAUUCGUUGACCCAGAAAUGCGAAAGAGGAUGGGCGCUCAGGCCACACAGCUCGCUCUUGCUGUCGGUUACGAUUCAGCCGGUACCGUCGAGUUUUUGGUUGAUUCGAAAAAGAACUUCUAUUUCUUGGAGAUGAAUACUCGAUUGCAAGUAGAACAUCCAAUCACCGAAGCUAUCACUGGAAUUGACCUUGUACAACAAAUGCUAAGAAUUGCUUAUGGUCACAAGUUGAAUAUUAAGCAGUCCGAUAUUGGAAUUAAUGGUUGGGCCUUUGAAUGCAGAGUCUACGCUGAAGAUCCCUACAAAGGAUUCGGUUUGCCAUCUGUUGGCCGUCUAACCAGGUACGAAGAACCUCACACAUUAGUCGAGGGUGUCAGGUGCGAUUCUGGUAUUCGUGAAGGUUCGGAAAUCUCUAUCUAUUAUGAUCCUCUAAUUUGCAAGUUGGUUACUCACGGCAAGGAUCGCCAACAAGCUCUCGAUCGUAUGCGUGAUGCGCUGGACAACUAUGUGAUUCGUGGUCCAAUGCAUAAUAUCCCGCUUCUUCGUGACAUUGUUGAGGAGAAGAGGUUCAGGGCUGGCGAUAUAACAACCAAAUAUCUGCCUGAGACCUACCCUGAUGGCUUCACUGGUAGGAACAAUAAGGAGACCCAUAUUGUUGCUCUUAGUGCUGCUCUGCAGGCACGGAAAUCAGCUCGUUCUCAGCAAUUUUUGAAUCAGUCUCGUCAGAAGGGAACCGUCUAUGAUCCAUACAAGAAAGCGUACCAUUACGUUGUUGAGACACCAAAACAUGGUGAACACGGGACGGUACACCGUGCCAACGUUGAUGUAACUUUUCCUGAGGCCGACCACAUGACGGCUAUGGUGGAUGGAAAGAAAGUCCAAAUUCGUGGAAACAUGAGCUUGGCACUUUCUGUAUUGCAUUUAUCAGCUAAUGGAAGAGGAAUGACCACUCAGAUUGCAGGGAAACGACCGGGUGAAUUUACCUUGAUCUUCAAAGGAUCGCCGUUUAAAAUGAAGGUUAUGCCAGCUUUGGCCGACAGCUUGUUGAAGCACAUGAAGGAAAAGCCAAAGAUGGAUUUAAGUUCAGUUGUUAUUGCACCUAUGCCAGGAGCCAUUAAGUCUGUUUCGGCCAAGCCUGGAAUGAUGGUCACUGAAGGUCAAGAACUUUGCGUUAUGGAAGCUAUGAAGAUGCAAAAUAGUUUGCUGGCAGGAAAAACUGGAAAGGUGAAGGCUGUGAACUGCAAGCCCGGUGACACUGUUGAUGAGGGAAUGGUCCUUGUGGAACUUGAGUAA